AUGGCCUCUAAUUCGUUCCGCGACUCGGUCAACUCCUUAGGCUGGGCGCGACGAGACCCUGAUCUACCGGUGCGCACCAAUAACUCGUCGGCGUCGACUCCUUUCCUAUCACGGUUACAGUCAUGGAAUCCGUUCGGAGGGGAAGGCUAUGUGCAACUGCCCACUCACGAAGCUCCGGGAGCUCCCCUACCGGCUGCAAAUCGACGGGAAGAGGAGGACACUUUCUUUGCCCUGAGUCGGUGGGAUCGCAUGCUCGUCUUUGCGGCAUGUAACCUUGGAGCGGCGGUCUGCUUCAUGAUUUGCUUUUUCCUGUUCCCAGUGCUGUCGCUCAAACCCCGCAAGUUUGCGAUCUUGUAA